AUGACAACACGGAAUCGCGGCUGCUUCCGUCCAGCCCCUUAUGUCGACGAGUUUGGAGAAGCUGAUCAGGGAUUCAGGCGGGGUAAUCCCCUACAUCUCAAUGAAGAACUUUACCACAAAUUGCGGCAGCUAUGGCUUCAACAGGGUAUCGCCGAAGAAGUUGUCAAUCAAUACGAAAUUGAUCAUCGAAACAUGCAGUACGAUUGGGGUCAUUUUUAG